AAUAAAUACACCAAAAGAUAAAGCUAAAGUAAAAGGAAGGGGAGUAGAGAGAAAGGCUAAAUAGCGCUCUCCCCUAUCUUAACAUUCACAUUUUCCGCUGCAAGUCAGUUAUUCGCGAUGUCAGAGAAUAACAAGAGAGAGGAGAUUUCACAGAAAGGAAAUGAUUGGGAAGUUGUAGCGCUCACAGAAUCUGCAUAUGCUGCUGCUCCUGGUCCCAAAAACAUGCUGGAUAUUAGUGACAGCAACAAUUUAAGUGGGGAUGUUGAUUCGGAGACUGCUCGUGCCAUGUUCAUGUCAGGCCACUUUGGACUUUCGCCUAAUGUGCACGAGAACUUUCCAUUAGAACCUGAAUGCAAGGAGAAGUGUUCUGGAGAGGUCCAUGACCAUGAUGUCCAUCAAGUUACGGAGCAGCAAGGUAAUAAAUCAGAUUUAAAGCAAGACGAUAGUUUGAAUAUAGAAGGGCUCAUUUCUGAUGAAUUUUCCGGAGUUCCACAAUUUGACAAAAAAUAUGGUUCUGACUUGGGCGACAUUGCAUCCUCAAAAUCGAUAGACAAAGAGCAGGGCAUGUACGUGACUGGGAAGAACUCUUAUAAUGAUGCUGUUGCAGCUGGCACGCCUCUCAUUGCUGAUGAGGACAUGGGCACUGCUGAAGAAUUUGAAUCUCCAGAUGAUGCUGCGAAGUCAAAAGUGCAUAAACAUGUUGAAGAAGAUAAGUUUAGUGAACCGACUGAUCUUCCUUGUGACACUUGGUGGAGAAUACGUGCUGCUUCCUUGUAUGGCCACGCGAAAAAUUCAAAUCCAUAUUGGUCUCUCGUUGUUGCUGCAGCUGUUAUUGGGCUUGUGAUUAUUGGUCGCAGGUGGCAGCGUGAUAGGCCGCAAGCUUUUCAACUCAAGUCACAAUUGACUAUAGCCAAUAAGGAGGGUCACUGGAUCCCUAGUCCUGUGGGACGAGUUAAGGGUGUAAAUAUAGGGGGUCGACACGGUUCAUACAUUGGACUGAGCUCCGUGACAGAAGGCUAACUAUUGAAAGGAAAGAAAACAUAAGUGUCCUGUCCAGUCUACCAAGAUUUGUGAACAUAUUAUAUCGCGCUUUUUUACUGCAUUUGCUCGUGACGAGGUACGUUUGGGUAUAAAUAUGUACUGUAAUCGACACUAGGAGCUCAUACCUAUCAUAUUGCCCGUGUUUAGUUUGUCUUCAAUCGUGCAAACGUAUGAACGAGGCAUCAUAGACGUGGCUUGUUGGAAGCUGGUGAUUUGUAACUACUGAGAUGUAAAUUUAUAAACAGUGUGUACGGUGACAUGUUUUGUGUUAAUGCAAGCUUUGCUGGGAUAUUGAUUAUGAA